GCGGGACGUUUCGUAAACAGGAAGUGUGACGUCACGUUUGUUUUGGAAGAGGCGAAGCAGCGACUCAGGCGACGAGAAAAUGGGGGAAAACGUGGAAGAUUACAAGCUGAUAUUUGAGAAAGAGGGCGUAUACCUCCACACAAACGCCAAGAGGAGCAACCAGGAAACCAGCAUACCGGGAUUUAUUCGCAUUGUGGAACGGGCCGGACAGCCUGCUUUAGAGUGGAGCCCCCUAGAGGAUGAGGGUCGCAAUGCGCCUGCCGUCCUCUACAGCAAAAAGGAUGGUGAGGAGGACACGAACUUUGACCCUGGGUAUGAGCCUGACUGGGCAGUGAUCAGCACUGUGAAGAAAGAUCGCGAGCACGCCCCCGUCAAAGACUCAGGUCAGUGGGCGUUUUCCCUGCCUCUGUCGGAGCUCUACUCCCUCCGGAGGGCCCGCUUCUCUUUGGGUCGGAACUUCAUGGUGCUGACCAGCAGAGGAGGACACCCGCUUCCCCCUCUGCACUUCCACAGAGGCGGAACCAGGGAACUUCUGCGGGCUCUCCACCGUUACAUUGUCCUGGACCAGUCACCUGUUGACGGACGCCUCUUCCUCGCCUACCCACGCGACUCGUCUUCAGCUGAUUUUGGUCCAUCUUUUGACAAACUGCACAUCCUGGAUGAUGGCUCCGAUAUCGUCACGAGGUUCAUCCAUGACCCGUACGCCACCACGUUUGGGGGAUUCUCCAAGGUGACCAACUUCUUCCGCGCUGCCCUCCGGCCACCAGAGGCCGCUGUGACGCAGAGCGCUCAGGAUCCGGGUCGGCCGUCACAGUCUGAUGAUGAGCCCGGGUUUGAGCUCAUCACCUGUGGCGUGGAGCUCGGUCCCAGGCCAGAAGUUACUCGAGGACGAGCUCUGGACCAGUGGGAGGAGUUCCUGGACUCUGAAGGCCGCGUGAACGACCCAGAGAAAAUCAAAGACCUGGUGUUCAGAGGGGGCAUCACUCCAAACCUCAGGAAAGAAGUGUGGAAAUUCCUCCUUGGUUUUUAUCCGUGGAAGAGCACCUCAAAGGAAAGAGAGGAAAUUCUUCGAGUAAAAACGGACGAGUACUUCAGGAUGAAGGUGCAGUGGAAGUCUGUGAGUGAAGAGCAGGAGAUGAGGAACUCCCUUCUCAGAGGCUACAGGAGCCUGAUAGAGCGGGACGUCAACAGGACGGACAGGAACAACACGUUCUUCUCCGGCAACGACAACCCGGGCCUGACUCUGCUCCACGACGUUCUGAUGACGUACUGCAUGUACAACUUUGAUCUCGGUUAUGUCCAGGGGAUGAGCGACCUCCUCUCUCCGAUCCUGUUUGUCACUCAAAACGAGGUGGAGUCCUUCUGGUGCCUGACGGGCUUCAUGGACCUGGUGCACCAGAACUUUGAGGAGUCACAGGAGGCCAUGAAGCAGCAGCUUCUUCAGCUCAGCAUUCUUCUGAAGGCUCUGGACCCAGAGCUGUGCGACUUCCUGGAUUCACAGGACAGCGGCUCGCUUUGUUUCUGUUUCCGCUGGCUGCUCAUCUGGUUCAAGAGGGAGUUUUCCUUUGAAGACAUCCUCAUAUUGUGGGAGGUUCUCUGGACUCAACUCCCGUGUGACAACUUCCACCUGCUGAUCGCCUGCUCCAUCCUCGAGUCGCAGCGAGGGGAGCUGAUUGGCUCCGACCACGACUUCAACACUAUCCUCAAGCAUAUUAAUGAGCUGACGAUGAAGCUGGACCUGCAGAGCGUCUUGCUGGAGGCGGAGGCCAUCUACCGGCAGCUUGUUGGCUGCAAAGAUCUUCCCCGUCAGGUGAAGCAGGUGUUGGGUCUGUGCGGCCCGCCCAGCCCGGCGGAGGAAAGCCCAGACUCCCAGAGCAGCGAGAGUGAAGCCCUCCUGGGUCAGGCAGAGGGAGGCGCUGCUUCGUCCCACGUUCCCUCCAGCUCUUAAACCUCACCUCAGCUGCUCAAGAUAUUUAUACAUGAAGUGAACGUUAACAAAUAUAAAGACUGUUGUUAUGGCUUUUCAGAGGCAGGGGGCGCUGUGUGACCAUUCUACCCAUACAUGCAAUGUUUUAUUUUUAGUCUUUUUUUUUCUGUCCCUUGUUUCUGUUUUUCUUUUUUCCCAUUUGAUGCUGUCUGUUACUCAUUAUCAAACAGUUUCCUGUUGUUAAUUUCCUUUAAAUGAAAGUUUUUGCUAUAUUUUUCCCCAGUGUAUCUGAAAAGCUAAGAAGAACGGUAACUAACUGGCAGGCCUGUGUUGGCGCUACAUGUUGCCAUUCUAGACCUAUGCAAAGUUUCUUGCAUGCCUUAUAGUUUUCACUCUGCAUAGUUUUAUUUUAAAACUUUCUGUAACAAGCAAUUAUUGCAUUAUAAAAUAAAUGUUUAAAUCAGA